CCACUCUGCCUCCCGGCCUCACCGCCUGCCCGCCUUGCUCUGUCACCCAGAGGUGCAAAUAUGACACAUGCAACUGUCAGAACAAUGAGGACUGCCUGUGCGCCGCCCUGUCCUCCUACGCACGCGCCUGUGCCACCAAGGGCGUCAUGCUGUGGGGCUGGCGAGAGCACGUCUGCAACAAGGACGUGGGCUCCUGCCCCAACUCGCAGGUCUUCCUGUACAACCUGACCACCUGCCAGCAGACCUGCCGCUCCCUCUCCGAGGCCGACAGCCACUGUCUCGAGGGCUUCGCGCCUGUGGACGGCUGUGGCUGCCCCGCCCACACCUUCCUGGAUGAGAAGGGCCGCUGCGUGCCCCUGGCCAAGUGCUCCUGCUACCACCGCGGCCUGUACCUGGCGGCGGGGGACGUGGUCGUCAGGCAGGAGGAACGAUGCGUCUGCCGGAACGGCAAGCUGCACUGUAUGCAGAUUCGGCUGCUCGGCCAGAGCUGUGUGGCCCCGAAGAUCCACAUGGACUGCAAUAACCUGACCGCACUGGCCACCUUGAAGCCCCGAGCCCUCAGCUGUCAGACGCUGGCUGCCGGCUAUUACCACACAGAGUGUGUCAGUGGCUGCGUGUGCCCUGAUGGACUGAUGGACGACGGCCGGGGUGGCUGCGUGGUGGAGGAGGAGUGCCCCUGCAUCCACAACAAGGACCUGUACUCCCCCGGGGACGAGAUCAAGGUGGACUGCAACACCUGCACCUGCCAGAAAGGACGCUGGGCAUGCUCCCAGGCUGUGUGCCACGGCACCUGUUCCAUUUAUGGGAGCGGCCACUACAUCACCUUUGAUAGGAAGUACUAUGACUUUGACGGACACUGCUCCUACGUGGCUGUUCAGGACUACUGCGGCCAGAACUCCUCACGGGGUUCAUUCAGCAUCAUCACCGAGAACGUUCCCUGUGGCACCACGGGAGUCACCUGCUCCAAGGCCAUCAAAAUCUUCAUGGGGAGGACGGAGCUGAAGUUGGAAGACAAGCAUCGCGUGGUGAUCCAGCGGGAUGAGGGUCGCCACAUGGCCUACACCACGCGGGAGGUGGGCCAGUACCUGGUGGUGGAGUCCAGCACGGGCAUCAUCGUUAUCUGGGACAAGAGGACCACCGUGUUCAUCAAACUGGCUCCCUCCUACAAGGGCACCGUGUGUGGCCUGUGUGGGAACUUCGAUGACCGCUCCAACAAUGACUUCACCACACGGGACCACAUGGUGGUGAGCAGUGAGCUGGACUUCGGGAACAGCUGGAAGGAGGCCUCCACCUGCCCGGACGUGAGCGCCAACCCCGAGCCCUGCAGCCUGAACCCGCACCGCCGCUCCUGGGCGGAGAAGCAGUGCAGCAUCCUCAAAAGCAGCGUGUUCAGCAUCUGCCACAGCAAGGUGGACCCCACGCCCUUCUACGAGGCCUGUGUGCACGACUCAUGCUCCUGUGACACGGGCGGGGACUGUGAGUGCUUCUGCUCUGCUGUGGCCUCCUACGCCCAGGAGUGUACCAAGGCGGAGGCCUGCGUGUUCUGGAGGACGCCGGACCUGUGCCCCAUAUUCUGUGACUACUACAACCCUCCGCAUGAGUGUGAGUGGCACUAUGAGCCGUGUGGGAACCGGAGCUUCGAGACCUGCAGGACCAUCAACGGCAUUCACUCCAACAUCUCCGUGUCCUACCUGGAGGGCUGCUACCCCCGGUGCCCCAAGGAGAGGCCCAUCUAUGACGAGGACCUGAAGAAGUGUGUCACUGCGGACAAGUGUGGCUGCUACAUUGAGGAUACCCACUACCCGCCUGGAGCGUCGGUUCCCACCGAGGAGAUCUGCAAGUCCUGCGUGUGCACCAACUCCUCCCAAGUUGUCUGCAGGCCGGAGGAAGGAAAGAUUCUCAAUGAGACCCAGGAUGGUGCCUUCUGCUACUGGGAGAUCUGUGGCCCCAAUGGGACGGUGGAGAAGCACUUCAACAUCUGUGGGUCCACUACGCUACGCCCGUCCACGCUGACCACCUUCACCACGGUCACCCUCCCCACCACCCCCACCACCUUCACCACCACCACCACCACCACCCCCCCGACCCCCAGCACAGAGCCGUGCUGCCGCUGGUCUGACUGGAUCAACGAGAACCACCCCAGCAGCGGCAGCGAUGGUGGUGACCGAGAGACGUUUGAUGGGGUCUGCAGCGCCCCUGAGGACAUCGAGUGCAGGUCCGUCGAGGCGCCACACCUCAGCUUGGAGGAGCUGGGCCAGAAGGUGCAGUGCGACCUCUCCGUCGGGUUCAUUUGCAAGAAUGAAGACCAGUUUGGAAAUGGACCAUUUGGACUGUGUUACGACUACAAGAUACGUGUCAAUUGUUGCCGGCUCAUACCUGAGUGCAUCACCUCUCCAACAACCACCACUCCCCGCCCUCCACCAACCACCACGACCACCAUACCACCAACCACCACAACCACCCCUCCAAGCCCUCCAUCAACCACCACGACCACCACACCACCAACCACCACUUCCAGCCCUCCAUCAACCACCACAACCACCGCUCCACCAACCACCACAACCACCCCUCCCAGCCCUCCAUCAACCACCACGACCACCCCUCCACCAACCACCACUUCCAGCCCUCCAUCAACCACGACAACCACCACUCCACCAACU